CGUCAUAAAAACAUCUAACGAAGAAGAAGGACGCGAGUCAUUGGCGCUCGGGUAACAACAAUAAAGGGAAGUUCCACCGUCGUGCAUUUAUGUUUUUAGUAUUGGUGCUACAAAACUCUAAAAUAUUUUGCACGACUUUUCAUAUUUUCAACAAAGAUCCGACAAACUGCUGCUGAAUCUGCGUACAGCAAUGCAUAAAGAGGAGCUAUUUUUUCAGUCAGCCAAGUCGUGAUUUUUUUUAAAUAAGCGAGGAUUUUGUAAAACGACCAACAUUAGGGCAUGUCAAGCACAAUAAUGGACGUGUCCACCUCAAACCCAGAGCCCGAGUCUUCUUCUGCAGAAACGCUAACUGCUGGAUCCAGCACAGCUGAGACAUCCCAGUCCGCAUCUGCAAAAGGAAAAAGGCUUUUGAAAAGAAAAGCGGAUUCGGUUAAGGAUGACAAAAGCAAAAAGAAAAAGAAAACUAUAAAACGAACUAUGAGGCCAAAUUACACCGUGCAGGAGGGAGAGGACAUGCUUUUGAUUAUAUCAAAUAUAAACAGUAGUGACAGCAUAUGGAAGCCCAAGCGGAAGGGAUGUAGGAAAAAGAAGGUAAAAGCGAAAGGCAGGAGUAAAACCUCUGCUAACAAAACAAAAAAAGCACCAGUAAAAGCAAAAAUGCUCAAAGUCACAGAGCAAGCCAUUGAUAAGAAAGUUGAUUUGGAGAGUGUUGGUGAUGAUGGCUUUGACUGCUGGGGUCAGAGCUUGCCAAUAGAGGUCUUGGUGAAAAUCUUUCAGCUCGCAGUUCUCCAGGAUGGAGCCGUACCUUUUCUGUGCAGGGUAGGCAGAGUUUGCCGGCUAUGGAAUGGAGCUGCAUCCUCUCCGAUCUUGUGGCACAGUGUGUCAGUUGGCUACUGCUGGAUUGAACCCGGUAAGAGUCAAUUACCUGGGACAGAACAGAAGAUUAAAAACACUAUAGACUGGCUCGCUGAAAACAGAUUAUCUCAGUUGAGAGAGUUCUCCCUUUGCCACUGGAAAAAACAUGUUGAUUAUGUGAUUCAGAAAGUUUCACAGUCAUGCAAUCUUCAUUCUCUCAAGCUGUCUUACUGCAUGGGGAUGACAGAAACUGCCUUCCAAAACCUUGGUGCUCACUGUCAGUCAUUAGAGAAUAUCAAUUUGCAACACUCAGAGUUUAAUGUUGAUGGUCUGGUGACCUUCCUUGAGGCAUAUGGCAACCAAAUAAAGAAAAUAUACUUCACACACAGCACCAAGAGUGACAAACUACUCAGUGCUUUAUCCAAGGGUUGCUGUCCUGAGCUAAUGCUGCUGGAGAUCAAUACUAAGCUAGAUGGAGGAUACUGCCAGCUUCCUAUCUGUAUUCAAGCUUUGCAGAUUGGAUGCCCUAAACUUCAGACUUUUAGGUUGAUGAAUGUAACUCCAGUUCCUAAAAUGAUCCGCAACACACCCAGUUCAACAUCUGGUUUUCCCGUGCUAGAGGAGCUGUGCAUUGCCACUUCCUCUCACUCUUUCAUGACCGACACUGACCUGAACAAUGUGCUCCAUGGCUCCCCCCACCUGCGUGUGCUGGACCUGCGUGGUGCCUCUCGCAUCACAGCCACUGGCCUCUAUGCUCUGCCUUGUGAGAAACUGGAGUGUCUGUAUUGGGGCCUGUACUUCAACAGCAAUACUAUGGUAACAUCCAAGAAAGGCAUACACAUGCUUGCCCACAAAUGGAGCAACACCCUCAGAGAGCUUGAUUUGGCCAACCAGCCAUUUUCAGAAGAAGACAUGGAGAUUGCCAUGGGACAUCUUGCACAUGGUGCUGGAGUCGAUUUGUUUCGCUCCCUUAACCUCAGUGGUACUAAAAUCACUUCAUCUGCACUCAGGUUGCUAAUUAGCCAGUCCUUGGCACUGAAGUACUUGAAUCUGUCUUCUUGUCGGUAUCUGCCCAGAGGACUCAAACGAAUAUAUCAUGGUCGAGAAGACAUUCAGCUACUACUGGACAAAUUACACUGAACAUGUAUAUAUUGCAGGAACUCUGAGAUUUUAUUCACUUAUUUUUAACUGUACACAAUGUAAUCUCUCUCUGUCUCUGGGAUUUGUAUAUAACGAUUAUUCCACAUUUUCAAUUUAUGUCAGAUUGCAACUACAGUUUUUUUGUCAUAAAUACUUUCAUGUUCUGGUACGCAAUAAACAUUGAAUGUUAUGACUUU